AACCUCGGUGGCGAUUCAUGAGAGUAGCGACACAACAAGCCAUGGUUAUAAACAAAUUUGAAACUGCUGCAAUUUUUUGUAUGGACCUCAUUGCACACAAUAACAGAGCGAAAUAAAAACGAUUUGAUUUGAUCUACUAGUGUCAGUUUUAAGAAUUAAGAAAUAAAGAUCAAGACAUUGGAUAACUGUCUCUAAAAAAAUAAGGGAUAAAGAAUUGUGUAUUAAGAAUUACAAAUUAGAGACUAGAAAUAAGAAUUAAGGAAUAGCAAUUAAGAAAUUGGGUAAAUCCGCCCUAAUUCUCUUGUCAAUUGUCAAUUUUCUCCAGGUACCGAACAUCAUCGAUAACGCACGAUCUACGACGAUUACUCCUUUGAUCUGAUUGGACGGUUCAAUGACGGUUAUGUCAUGGGUUAUGUGGCAGACUUCCGAAGGUAGCAAGUGCCCGCCACAGAUUGGUUGGUUCCACGGGAGGAGAAUAACAACCCUGAAUGGCCGUCCAGCUGAUAUCUGUCAAUCGAGGAAGAGGAAGGAUUAUUCUGUGGAUAGACAUUCGACCUUCAACAUUCACGUUUCGCGCCAAGAAACCGAAUUCUUAUGUUUUGUAAUAGUUAUUUAGUUUGUAACAAUUGAUCGAGUUAAUUAAAUGACUUAAUUAUUUAGUGUGCCUAAUUUGCUACCCGCAACGGCCACAUUGGUGACCCCGACGAACGUGUGAGUGCAAGAGAUUCAGAUACGCAAUGUCCACCUCCGACACGAACGACUUUCAAACCGACGAUCAAGUCGUUAUUGCCCGUGUAGGGAUUAAAGCACCGGAGUUUUGGCGCACAGAGCCCGAACUAUGGUUCCUACGCCUGGAAGCCCAAUUCAGGCAAGCCAAAAUAACAUCUGAUGACUGCAAGUUCGAUCACACCGUAACAAGUUUAAACAGCGAGGUCCUAUUAGAGGUAGCCGACAUACUACUAAAUCCAACUAGAGGUAGGGCCUACGAAGAUCUCAAAACGAGACUGUUAGAUAGAUAUGGCAGUAGCGCUGAUGACAAAAUUCACCAGCUUAUGGAAAUGACCUUGGGCGACCUUAAACCAACACAGCUUCUCCACCGAAUGCAAGCUUUGGCCUCAAAUAACGUUUCUACGCAGGUUCUAAAGAAACUCUGGUUAGACCGCCUACCACCCCAAGCCCGGGCAGUCAUAGCAAUCCUGGAUGGAGACCUGGAGGAAUUGGCCAAGAAAGCUGACAAAUAUAUACAAUGUUCUAGUUUUCCUAUCAUGGCCAUGGACGGAAAGCCUUCGUUAAACAACAAAGUAAGUGUGGACGAGAAAACUGACGGGCACUGCUACUAUCACAGGAGAUUUGGGUCCCAAGCUAAGAAGUGUAGAGCACCAUGUACCUUCUCAAAAACGAUCAAGAGAGGGGCGCAGUAA